ACACACCUCAGCAUCUGAGAUAAUUAAGUGGCUGACAGUAAUUGAAAAUAUCCCCGCUUCUUGCACAAAAUCUAGACAGCAACCUUCCUGACCAAGAAGUUUACAGGACUGCCGCUUUGUUGGUGAGGAGGAAACUGAAGCAGUUAUCCAUUACCAGUGCCACAUUCCUUUUCCUAUACAUGCUUUCAGCUGCAAGCUCCAGGUGUAAAAUCAGAAGCUGCGAGCGGUGUUUUCCUCCCGCAUUUUGGGCAGGAGGUGGACCAACCGCACAAUGACAGAUUAUGCAGAUCCUCCCGGAGCAUCUAAUCAAUCACGGUGGCGCGGGAGGGACGCGGCUCAUCUCCGAGUUAGCCUGCGUGGCGGCGGCCUCGCGUGAAGCAUCCCCCCGCCGGCGUGACAUCAGAGCAGCUCGAGUCCUUGAAAGUCUCGGGGUUGAUUAGCGGAGGAACGGGCUGCUCCUGCCAAUCACCGCCCUGAUACUCGUGGAGAUACGAGGCAGAGAGAGGCUGGCUCCGGCGAACAGGAGGCACGGCGGCAGCGGCACUAGUAACAGGAGCAGCUGGUAUUCGGGUGAUUAAAUAGUUCUCGCAGCCUUUUCGCUGCGCUCCGGCUGCUCCCUGGUGUAAUCCCCGUGUCCGAGAAGGAAGCUGCAUUUUAACGGUGCGCUGAGCAGAGGUUUGAAUCGUUCCAGCUGGCUGCUUGUUUGGAAAAGGACAGCCUGUGUAUAAAUGAGAUGUGACUGUGCCGGCAGAGUUCAGUCACUGGGACUGGAGCGAGAGGAGCCUUCCCGGGAUGCUGCUCCGACAGCUGCUAUCAAUUGAAAACUCUCUCUAGCUUACCUAGAGCCGCGUGAGGAGAUGUGAAUAGCAGAUGUCUCUUUCCUGCACGCUAGGAAAAGAAAUUCUUCUCUAGAUAAUGUUAAGAGUUUUCUUCAUUGAUUAUUGGCAACUGCUGCAUUCUCAGAAAGCCUCUUUCAAUUUAGCUCUCCAGAUCCUUUGAUUUCCUUCUCCAACAGCUUUAUAAUCUCCCCAGCAACUUCAUAAAUGCACUGCAAUGGUCACAUGAACGUCUCAGGAGAGGAAUCGGCACCUCUGCGUCUCAUUGUUAUUAUGGCACUUUAGAAAGAGAAAACCAAAAAGCAACAAGUCCAAGUCAAGUUGGAAGUCCUACAGAAGAUGAAUCUAAUAGUGAGGCUCCGAAGAAGUUUCAGAACACUGGUCAUUCUCCUGGCUGCCUUCUGCAUAGCAAGUAUUGUCAUUUCUGCCUAUUACCUGUACACUGGCUACAAGCAGGAGAUGACUCUUGCAGAAACCACUGGAGAAGCAGAGUGUGAAGAUCUCAAGCUUUUACCAUACAGGUCCAUGGAGCUGAAAACAGCUAAGCCAAUCGAUCCAUCUAAAACUGAUCCCAUCAUCCUUCUAUUCGUGGAAAGCCAGUACUCCCAGCUGGGACAAGACAUCAUAGCCAUCCUUGAAUCCAGCAGAUUUCAAUACCACAUGGUCAUCGCACCUGCCAAGGGAGAUAUUCCCCCUCUCACAGACAACGGAAGAGGAAAAUACACGAUUAUUAUAUAUGAGAAUAUUUUGAAGUAUGUAUCCAUGGACUCGUGGAACAGAGAGCUUCUGGAAAAAUACUGCGUGGAAUACAGUGUUAGCAUAAUUGGUUUUCAUAAAGCCAAUGAGAACAGCUCCCCAAGUACAAAACUGAAAGGCUUGCCAUUACAACUUUACAAUAACAUUGCCCUCAAAGACUGUGUUGUAAACCAUCAGUCUCCGCUUCUGCGCAUUACCAAAGCACCAAGGACUGAGAAAGGCCCACUGCCUGGUGAAGACUGGACAGUUUUCCAGUUCAACCAUUCCACCUACCAACCUGUCCUUUUAACUGAACUGCAGACUUCCAGGCCAACCCCCAUGACAUUGCCAAAGGCUGCUCUGUAUGCAACUGUAAUCCAGGACUUGGGGCUUCACGAUGGGAUUCAGAGAGUUCUUUUUGGAAACAACCUGACCUUCUGGUUGCACAAACUGAUCUUUAUUGAUGCCAUCUCUUUUCUGUCAGGGAAGAAGCUCACGCUGUCCUUGGAUAGAUACAUUCUGGUUGACAUUGAUGACAUCUUUGUUGGGAAAGAAGGAACAAGGAUGAAUGUCAACGAUGUGAAGGCUUUACUAGAGACUCAAAAUUUACUGCGCACUCAGGUUGCAAAUUUUACCUUCAACCUUGGAUUUUCAGGAAAAUUUUACCAUACAGGCACUGAAGAGGAAGAUGAAGGUGAUGACCUGCUGUUGAGAUCUGUGGAUGAGUUUUGGUGGUUUCCCCAUAUGUGGAGUCACAUGCAGCCUCAUCUCUUCCACAAUGAGUCGUCACUGGUAGAGCAGAUGAUCCUCAACAAAGAAUUUGCACUAGAGCAUGGCAUACCGACUGACAUGGGUUACGCAGUGGCUCCACACCACUCUGGGGUCUACCCGGUCCACAUCCAGCUGUAUGAGGCCUGGAAGAAGGUCUGGCAUAUCCGAGUGACCAGCACAGAAGAAUACCCACACCUGAAGCCUGCACGGUACAGACGGGGCUUCAUCCACAAUGGCAUCAUGGUGCUCCCUCGGCAGACCUGUGGUCUUUUCACUCAUACUAUUUUUUACAAGGAAUAUCCUGGGGGUCCUCAGGAGCUGGACAAAAGUAUCCGAGGAGGUGAACUUUUCCUCACCAUUCUCCUGAAUCCUAUCAGCAUCUUCAUGACCCAUUUGUCUAAUUAUGGGAAUGACCGCCUGGGGCUGUACACCUUCUCAAACCUGGCCAGCUUUGUGAAGAGCUCAACCAACCUGCAACUGCAGACACUGCCACCCAUCCAGCUGGCACACAAGUACUUUGAACUCUUCCCUGAGCAGACGGACCCCCUUUGGCAGAAUCCAUGUGAUGACAAACGACACAGAGAUAUUUGGCCCAGAGACAAAACUUGUGACCAUCUACCCAAAUUUCUUGUUAUAGGACCCCAGAAAACAGGAACAACAGCACUUUAUUUAUUUCUUCUGAUGCAUCCUUCUAUUAUCAGUAAUAUCCCUAGCCCAAAAACAUUCGAAGAAGUUCAGUUCUUCAAUGGGAACAACUAUCACAAAGGAAUUGACUGGUACAUGGAUUUCUUCCCCACUCCUUCCAACACCACCACUGACCUUCUCUUUGAGAAAAGUGCCAACUAUUUUCAUUCUGAGGAAGCUCCUAAACGAGCAGCUUCCCUCAUCCCCAAGGCCAAGAUCAUCACCAUCCUCAUCGACCCAUCUGACCGUGCCUAUUCUUGGUAUCAGCAUCAGCGCUCUCAUGAGGAUCCCACUGCCCUGAAAUUCAAUUUUUAUGAAGUCAUUACGUCAAGCCCCUGGGCACCCUCAGAGAUAAGGACUCUCCAGAAGAGGUGUCUGACGCCUGGAUGGUAUGCUGUCCACAUUGAACGAUGGCUAACUCACUACCCAGCUUCACAGUUGCUAAUUAUUGAUGGACAGCAGCUAAGAAGUGACCCAGCUACUGUGAUGGAUGAAGUGCAGAAGUUCCUUGGAGUCUCUCCUCACUAUAAUUACUCUGAAGCUCUAACGUUUGACCCUCAGAAGGGCUUUUGGUGCCAGUUACUGGAAGGAGGGAAAACAAAGUGCCUGGGAAAAAGCAAAGGUCGAAAAUACCCACCAAUGGACCAAGAGUCCCGAGAUUUCCUGUCGAGCUACUACCGAGAGCACAACGUGGAGCUGUCUAAGCUGCUGCACAGACUGGGUCAGCCCCUGCCCUCCUGGCUGAGACAGGAGCUGCAGAAGGUCAGGUAGCACACAUGGGCAGGGGACCAGCCAAGGAUCAUUUCCUUCACCGUGAAACCCCUGCUUCUCCGACUCACCUGUGAUCGUCAGUAGAGGACCUUGUGAAUUAUGCUCUUUCUUUAAAAAAAAAAAAAAAAAAAAAAAAAAAAACAAUAGAAAAGAAUAAAAAAAACCCAACAAGUGUUUAUAUGCACGCGCUGACAGUUAUUAGCAUCAACCCUUUUUGUCAGCUUCCAGGAAAUACUAUGGAGCUACGUGGCAUUACUCUUUUUACCCAGAACAGGAUUCGUGCAUAGUCUAGUCCUUCUGUUCACCAGAAAGUACCAGAAGCUGUGUGUAGGACAGAUUGACUUCAGUGUGUAUGACAAAUUGCAGUCUGUCAGGACACAACCAAAGGAUGGGAACAUCUCUCGCUGGAUUGUGAGUUCAUCCUCUUAGUGCAACUGCAAAGGUGUGGACCUGCCUAUGGAUUUGUCUCCAUCACUUUCCUAUCUAGAAAAGCUACCAAAACCAAACGAGGACUUGCAAACAACACAGAUUCUGAAGUGAUCAGUGUUCCAGUGACUGGAUAACUUUUAUAAGACUUAAUAUCAUUUCUGUAGUAUUUCAAAACAAAGGACAUUCUCUUGAUAGAGUUGAGGAAAAACUUCACAGUCUUGCCCAAGCCUUUUCUUUAUUCUUUUCUUUUUUGCCCCAUGUGACGACAGCAAAUCCAGAUAAACAAGUACUUGGUGUUGAAAAAGAAAUCAAAAUGCAUUUUAAUCACUCGAAGUAUUUUUGUUGGGGGGUGGCGAGGGUGGUCAAAGUCGAUAUUUGCUGGAAUUGUUUUAAAUAAUUGAUGUGCAUACACCUUAUUAUUAGUUUUCUCACCUCUGCAGAAUAAACACUUCUGAUGGUGUAUA